UGUGUAAAAGUUUCAUUAAACGACCGGAGCGACUCACGAACAUGUCGGGCCCGGAGACGCUGGAGGGUCGGAUCCGGGCCGUGAUGGAGAGCGUGGUGGAGGCGGCGGUGGCGGAGCUCCGCAGGCUGCUGGAGGAGAGCUCGGCUAUGGCCGCUCGGCAGCGCUGUGAAGAGGAGGAGAGAGAGGUGACCCCACCGGAGGACCGGCGGCGCUUUAACGAAGAGUUAACGAACCAGUUUGCAUCCCUCAUGAAAACAUGGACCCGAGAUGCAGUGGAGAAAAUCUCACUGAUGUUGAAAAAGUCCAUGUGUGAAGCUGAAGACGUUCCUGCUGCGGAGCAGAGAGUCGAGCUGAAUGGUGAGACCAAACAGACGAGCACGAAGCCAAAACGGGGGAAAAUCGCUGCUCCCACAAAAAAAUCAGCAGCCAGGAGUUCUUGUAAGAGGAGAAAGAAAAUCCAGAGAGGAGUCCAGCCAGCAGCGGGAAAGAUGAAUGAUCACAUAUAUUGCAGAGAGGAACAACAGAGUGAAGAGCCGACGGCAGCAGCAGCAGCGGACUCAGAAUCAGUGACAGAACCUGCUGAUGCAGCCUCACAUGAGGAGAAUAACUCCGGACCCUCGUCUGAACCUGAAGCUCUGUUCAACGAGUCGGCCUCCAUCAGCGAUGAAGACGCCAACCAGGAGGACGCAGACCCUUCGAGCAUCGCGUCAAAGAUCAAAAAGAAGUUGAAUGCAGGUCCGUUCAAAUGCCCCUCUUGUGACAAAACCUUUGCUCUGAAGUGCCUCAUGAACCGACACUACCUGACGCACUCCAGACCCCACCUCUGCUCCGAGUGCGGCAAACGCUUCGCCGUUCUCCGGACGCUCAUCGCACAUUCGAGACGACACACCGGAGAGAAGCUGUACAAGUGCUCCCAGUGUGGGACGGAGUUUGCUUACAAGUCCACCUUCCACAGGCACAUGCGGCAGCACAACACGAGGAAGCCGAACACCCACACGUGCCCGCUGUGCGAGAACCAGUUCACGGGGUUGCUGGCGCUGCAGCGACACAGGUGCUGUGCGCUGAGAAAGACGUUUGUUUGCUCGCUUUGCCCAGAGACCUUUGAGUGCAGGCAGAGUUUGGCCGAUCACGAGAAUCGCCAUUCAGGAGAUCGAGAUUUCGUCUGCGAAAUGUGCGGCGAGAGCUUCUUCUCGGCCUCGUCUUUGGCCGCUCACCGAUUCACCCACAUGCAGACGGAAAACUGCUGCGACGAGCUGGGCCUCGGCUGCAGCGACAUGAGCGUCCUCCGGAACCACCUGAGCAAACACACCGGAGAAAAGCUCUUCAUGUGCGAGGUCUGCGGCAAAGGCUGCAGCCACAAGAGCGCUCUGAAGCACCACAUGUUGACCCACACCGGAGAAAAACCGUACGUCUGCGAGACCUGCGGGAAACGCUGCAGCCACGCCAGCGCGCUCCAGAACCACAUGAGGAUCCACACCGGGAAGAAACCGGGUCAGCAGCCGGUCUGCGACGUGUGCGACAAAAAGUUCAGCUGCACUGUCAAUCUGAAAUACCACAUGAGCAUGCACACGGGGGAAAAGCCGUACGCCUGCGAUCAGUGCGAGCAGAAGUUCACCAACCCCAGCAACCUGAAGCUGCACAUGGUGGUUCACUCAGGGGAGAAGAUGUACGGCUGCAACAUCUGCGGCAGGAGGUUCACUCAGUCCAGCAGCCUCAAACUGCACAGACGGGUCCACACGGGAGAAACUCCGUAUCGCUGCGAGGUGUGCGGGAAAGAAUUCAUACACAGGAGCGACUUCAGGAACCAUCAGAAGAACCACUUGCCAAAGGAGACAGGAGGCAGACCGUCGGAGAAAACUGCAGUGAAAAUCUGAACUUAUUCCUCUACUGAACAGAGAUGUAGAUUGUUUAUGUUUGGAAACACUGGAACUGAAACUGGGAAAUGUGGUGCUGAAUACUGUGAAAGGAAUAAAAUGUUGCCAAAGA